CUGAGUCGGGAUUUGAUUAUUUUAGCCUGUGACGUUUGGCACGGUCUAAGUGGCGCAGGAAUUGUUGUGGAGUAACUUCUGUCCUAUAUCAUACAAGUUAGUUAUGUAUUAUUUGUAGUCGUUUUUAUUAAAAUACUUUAUGUUUGGCCGUUCAACAUGUCGCGGUUACUCGCAUUUUCGUUGGAUGUUUUAGGCUUUAGGUGUAAAGACGGCCUCCCGCAGAAAGCACGCUCUUUCUCGUCUUUGUGGACAGCUAAAGCUAAUAACUACACGUUCCGCAAGCAACAGUCAAUUGUCUAUGAACAGAGUCGAAGCGUAUUCACAUCGCAACGACAGCGCACAUUUAAGUUUUUUAACGUGACGCAAUCAAAGGUUUGGAUUUUAGGGCUCGGUGCUGGUUUUGUAUUGGCUUUAGGCUUUAAAAAUGUGUACUUUGACGAACGUUGUGAGUGCGACAAAAGAGAGGAAGAAUGCAAAAGGUCUUUGAGAUAUACUGCGGCGAUAGAAAUCAGCCGAGACCUGCUUCAGAGGAUAAAGGUACAGGAUGAAGUCGGGGCCCCGGGGAUGGUAGUAGGGGUGUCGGUGGAUGGGACGAUGGUAUGGUGUGAAGGUCUGGGUUAUGCUGAUUUGGAGAACAGGGUGCCCUGCCGCCCAGAGACAGUGAUGAGGAUCGCCAGUAUUAGCAAGCCUUUAACGGCCGCUGCUGUAGCCAGACUCUGGGAGGAAGGCCGGCUGGAUCUCGACGCACCGGUGCAGAAAUACGUUCCUGAAUUCCCAGAGAAACAGUUUGAGGGAGAAGACGUGACAAUAACUCCACGGAUGAUUCUGUCCCACCUGAGUGGGAUUCGUCACUACGAGAAGGAUGUAAAGAAGGUGAAAGAAGAGAAGGAGAAAGCAAAGAGACUUUUGAAGCCACCGGAGAAGGAGAAAAACGUCAGUGAAGACAAGUUAAAAAACGAGGAAAGUGGCACCAAGAGUAAGGAGACCAAGAAGGCACAGAAGAAGGAGUUUGACCAGGAGGAGUACUACCUGAAAGAUAGUUUUGAGAGUGUAAUGCAGGCUCUAGACCUGUUUAAAGAUGAUCCACUUAUUUUCAAACCAGGUACCACUUUCCUCUACUCUACUCAUGCCUACACCCUCCUCAGUGCAGUAGUAGAGAGAGUGGUUGGCCAGCGCUUCUUGGAUCACAUGAUGAAAAUGUUCCGGGAACUCGGUAUGCUGAACACUGUGCCAGAUGAGAACAACCCCGUUAUAUACCACCGCUCAAGAUUUUACAACUUCAAUAAAAAAGGUCGCAUUGUGAAUUGCCCCUACGUGGAUAACUCCUAUAAGUGGGCGGGUGGUGGGUUUCUCUCUACUGUUGGAGAUCUGCUGCUAUUCGGCAAUGCCAUGCUCUACAGCUACCAGAUGGCCCAUGUGAAAGACAGUAGAGGCCUCCUGCCUGGGUUUCUCAAGCCAGAGACCACCAGGAACAUGUGGGCCCCAGUGGACAAAACAGAGGCCUCUUGGGACAAAGAUGGACAAUACGCUAUGGGCUGGCUGGUGGUAGAGAAGCAGCAGAAAUACGGGAUGUGCAGGAAUCGCAGGCACUACGUCUCACACACAGGGGGAGCUGUAGGGGCAAGCAGCGUCCUCCUGGUGUUGCCUAGCGAGUCGGUGUUGUCUCGUGGAGAUCCUCCUGCCCCCCCUCAGGGAGUUGUGGUCACCAUCAUUACCAACAUGCAGUCUGUGGGACUCAACAGCACUGCCUGGAAGAUUGCACAGGAGUUCGACAAAGCCAAAGGAGACUAAGAACUCUGCACUGAGGGCCAUGUGUGUGCGAGUGUGUGCACACAUGUCUGUUAUGAAAUUGAUGUUGAUACCACUUUGGCAGCAUCCUCGUGAAUUGUUGUCAGCUUUUUAAGUUGUUUUU